GCCUUCGACCCGACCACUUCGCAAAAUGGUCCAAAUCUGAAACCGCAUUCAACCUCUAAUAAAGCUUUUACCUCCACCGAAGCUACUAUGAUCUCCCUUCACACAUUUCGCGCCACCUUUUCCCGCCGAUGCAUCGCCGCAACCUCUGGCGUCCGAACCUACGCUAGCCAGACGCCCGGCAAUCCCACGCUGGAGAUCUUCAAUCGCAAAACAAAGCACCUGCAGAAGGACCGGGCAGCUCGGAAUGUUGAAGAGAGCCGGAAAACGGAUUAUCUGAAAGAUGAAGUGGCGCUUCGCUUAUGCGAACGGUUACUGGAUAUCAAGCGCGACUUUCCCAAUGUUCUCGAUCUGGGUGCGAACAGCUGCAAUAUCGCGCGGGCAUUGACAACACCGAACCUCGACAUCGCAGUGCCCGAGGGUACGCCAUCACCACCACUGGCGGAACGGAUCUCCAAGCUGACAUGCGUGGACACAUCGCAUGCGCUGCUUCACCGAGAUGAGGAGCUGCCUUUCAAUAAAGAUAUCAACAUUCACCGUGAUGUGAUCCCCGACCUCGAGACACUGCCAUACCAGCCGAACACAUUCGAUGCGGUCCUGUCGUCACUAUCCAUGCACUGGAUCAACGACCUGCCUGCAUUGCUGGAGCAGGUUAACACUAUUCUCAAACCGGAUAGCCCCUUCAUUGCGGCAAUGUUUGGCGGCGAUACUCUUUUCGAGCUACGGGGAUCGCUGCAGCUUGCUGAUCUGGAGCGCCGCGGUGGUGUCUCUCCACACAUAUCACCGCUAGUUGACGUACGGGACGUCGGAAAUCUCCUGAACCGCGCAGGGUUCAAGAUGCUUACUGUCGAUGUCGAGGACAUUGUGGUAGAGUUCCCGGAUUCUUUCGCACUCAUGAAGGACCUACAGGCCAUGGGCGAGAGCAAUGCUAUCAUGCAUCGUGAGGCUGGGCCCUUGUCAAGGGAUGUCUUGCUGGCCAACGAAGCCAUUUACAGGGCGAUGUAUAUGGAGGACGAUGCUCCGGGUAUUCCGGCGACAUUCCGUAUGAUUUACAUGAUCGGAUGGAAGGAAGGCGGCAACCAGCCGCAGCCGCUCCAGCGCGGAAGCGGCGAGCUCAACCUGAAGGACAUUCUGGGUGGUGGUGAUUUCCAGAGACCAUGAGGGUGCCCUGGGAACGAAAGAAAACAAUUGGAAGGGGUCAACAUAAUGUCAUAGUAUAUCGAUUGUAAAACAACCACGCUGAAAGCAACACACAGAGGGAGAUUGUUCACAAAAGAAAUGUAUGAAAUACAAUCGUAGCCUCUACCAAGACAACAAAUAAAGGAAAUCCGCCCAGCUGCUUCCGUUUAGACCGUCCGACGGUCCGUCAUGACGCGGACAAUGGAACCGGUACCUGUCAACUCCACCAGCUUCUCGUGCCAGUUCAGCAACACGCUCAUCUGCUGGCUACUACCACCUUCGCCCUGGUUGCGGGCCUGAAUCUGAGAGAAACCGGUGGCUUGAGGAGAGACGUUCUUGCGAGGGGACUGGGCGCCGCUGCUGGGGCCGGGCGAGGACAUUCCCUUGUAGCUGAUUUUGAGUUAGCACAGAUUCGGGAGACCAUAAUGCAAAUGCUCCCAGUAACCAAACUUACAUGUACUUCAUCAGACAGUCCGCUCGCUCUGACCCGCCCUCGCCACUAGUGACACCCUCCAGCACGCGAGUCAUCUCAGCCUGUCGAAUACCCUGCAACACCUCGAUCACUGUAGCAAGAUGCACCUCCUUAGCGCGGUCGUCGCCGCCCAGCGGCGCAGUGUCCAGAACGUGGCGCAGCGCGCCCUCGGCAUCACCACCGCGCAGCAGUUGGCGAACCUGUGUAGCAACAUUGGCGGCAUCACUGGAGGUUUCUGGCUGAGGCAGCGUGGCAGGGAGGAGGGUCUCCAUGGGGAAGUUGACCGAUGACUCGGGGUCGAGCUGGUCGACGUUGAUGGUGCGGUAGUUGAUUUGCGACAUGAUGACAGUUGCGCUAUGGCUUUUGGUCGUAAAGUAGAAGUGUACUGAGAAGCAAUCGGCGAUAGGAGAGACCGUAAUCAAUUGGAGAUUCCUAGCUGUAGAGUCCGGCAGUAACUGGUCGUAGACUGUUUGGUAUGGCGGUGCGGUGGAUGGGAAGCGGGGAGAUCGGAGGUAAGGAAAGGUCCCUGGCGGCACGAGGAGACGAGAGAUACGGGAGGAGAGGAGGUGAGGUAUGUCCUGGCUAAUUGCAGGUGGCUAGAUGCUGCAGACUGCAAAGGUGUAAUUCCAAUUGUCGUGAACGAGUCAAUAAAGAGGGGGAUGGAUGGAGCUGCUGAGCAC